UGUGGCGUAUUUAUUGUAUUGUUUUAUAUAUAUUUUUCAGUUCGUUGAAACCGUUUCAUCAGACCGGUUACUUCCACUUUCUGUUUAUUGUGACCUAAUUGUUUAUCUACUAAAAUGAAAGCUAAGUCUGGCUUGACUCGUUUCCAUAACUGCUUUAUUCUUCGCGAUAGUGCAAUAAUAAAAGAGGACCUCUGGAUUCGAAAUGGUAAAAUUGAAAAUCCUGAACAUAUAUUUUAUGUGGAACAACUGGAAGCUGACGAGACAAUAAACUGCGAGGGCUUACUGAUCUCUCCGGGUUUUAUCGACAUUCAAAUAAAUGGUGGAUGGGGCAUAGAUUUUUCAUAUGACAGUGAGAAUGUAGAAGAAGGUGUCCGUAAAGUGGCCCAAAAUCUGUUGUCACAAGGAGUGACAUCCUUCUGUCCGACUAUGGUAACGUCAGAUAAGGAAAAAUAUAAGAAAAUACUUCCCCACAUUAAAAAGAGUCCUGGUGGCAAACAUGGGGCCACUAUCCUCGGAGUUCACCUAGAGGGCCCGUUUAUUAAUAUAGAAAAGAAGGGGGCCCAUAUGGAUCAAUACAUCAAAUCACUAGACAAGGGCAUAGACACUAUCAAUGAGAUAUACGGAUCCCUUGACAACGUAGUUAUAGUGACACUGGCCCCUGAACUGCCGGGAGCCACUCAAGCCAUCAAGGACUUGACGAAGUUGGGCAUUAAAGUUGCACUGGGUCAUUCAGCGGCGAGCCUAGCUCAAGGAGAGGAGGCGAUUAAAAAUGGAGCAAAUCUCAUUACCCAUUUGUUCAACGCAAUGUUACCAUUCCAUCACCGCGACCCCGGCUUGGUGGGGCUGCUGGCAUCGACCACCAAGAAGCAAGUCUACUACGGAAUAAUAUCUGACGGGUUGCACACACACCCCGCGGCGCUGAGGAUAGCCUGCCGGACUAACCCUGCAGGUUUAGUUCUGGUCAGCGACGCCGUGGCAGCCCAAGGCUUGGCGGACGGCAACUACCAUAUCGGGCCUCAGCGGGUGACGGUGCAGGGCGGUAAAGCGUACGUCGAGGGCACCAAGACGCUGUGCGGCAGCACGGCCAACCUCGACGAGUGUGUACGCACCUUUAAGGAAGCUACAGAUUGCAGUUUGGAGUACGCCCUCGAAACGGCGACGCUGCACCCCGCCCGGGCCCUGGGCAUCGAAGACAGAAAGGGCAACCUCAACUUUGGUAGCGACGCGGAUUUCGUCCUCGUGCACCCUAAAACACUCAAUGUGAUAUCCACUUGGAUCGCAGGGGAAUGUGUGUAUAAAUGUCAAAGUAACGGAGUAUAAACUAUUCAACUGUUUUAAUGAAUUUAAUAGCUAAUAAAUAAUAAGUAAUCGUAUGAAGACAGAUAUUGUGAUAAAACUGUGAGGAUAUACAAUAUACCUACCUAAGCAGGCCUAUGGAACUCUCCGCGCGAGCUCGGAUUUCUACCUACGAAUCUGCUCCCGUUCACGGUAGAAAAGCAAGCCAGUUGGUUGCCACACGCGCUCACGUACGCACGUCACUGCGCGCCGCACUGUAAAUUUUUACGAUAGUUACAAGCUACGUACAUACCUACCUACUAUUGAUUUUCUUUAAUUAAACAUGUAAUGUUUAUUAUGUAUGACAAAUGUAUAGUUUUAGAUAUCUAUCUAUUUGAAAUAGGUAGCAAAUUUUUAAUUUAUUUUGGUAAAUGUUUUUUUUUAACGUACAGUAAGUUAACAUAUGACCUUUUAAAAUGACUAUUUCGCAAACACGUCAUAAUUGGAAUAUUAGGUAUAAUUUAGAUUUAGCUUUCCUUUUAUUUCAUUCCGCUGUUUAAGUAGGUAUUUAUUUAUCAUUUCUAAGCGUCAGCAACCCUAGUGUUGUGCCGGUGCGCGCGGUGCGGGGAGCGGAGCAUUGAAGAUCACUCCAUUGUAUUUUUGUGUAGGUAUCAAAACGGUAGGUAUUUGCGUUUUGAUUGAGAGAUAAGUAUCUGUUCGUAAGAACUAUUAUAUAAUCUGUGACCUAAGUGACAAAAAAUUAUUUGAUAGCAGUUGAGAUAUCAGAAACCAACUGAAAGUGAAAAACAUCAUAGGAAGAUAAUUACGUAAACAUCUUAUGAACCUAUGAUGAAUUUUCUUGAGUACCUAUUGUGCUAAUAGAAUAUCAAGUAAAUCAUGUUACCAUGUAUUAAAUGAAUAAUAUUUUAUGUAAAGCUCAAAAUAAAAUAAAUGUAUGUACUUUCA